AAUUGGGACUUGGUACCCGACUUGAUGUGUUCCGGUAUCAACACGGGCCUGUUGCUGAUUGAAGCGCUCAACACUACUGUCGGGGAGCUGGAUCUGUUGAAGCCCAAUAUGAGCUACCACUGCUUUAUACCAGCGGUUUAUGCACGAAAACAGCGCCAAGUCAUUAAAAACCGGAUAAAGAAUACCGAGACCAAGAUUGCUCUGCUCCGGAAUACAACAAGUAUGUACUGA